CAGAUCCGAAUCGCGGCAACUAAGACGCACCAUUGAACUGAAAGCCAAGAAAGCUUAGUGUUACCCUCGCAGAUCUGCAAUCUGCAUUUCCCUCCGAUUUCAUCAUCCCAAAAACCCUAGCGGAGGGUCCGAUCCGAAUCUCCAACCGAAUUCGGAGCUCCAGAUGAUGGAGUCCGAAAAUGCCGCCGAGGACUCCUCGUCCGCCGUGGCCAGCCUCCUCCCUCUGGCCUCCGGCGCUCAGCAGCCUUACGUCUCCGAGCUCCUCUCCUUCACCCUCGAUCGCCUCCACAAGGAACCGGAGCUUCUGCGGGUCGAUGCGGAGCGGAUACAGCGGCAAAUGCAAGAGGUGGCGGUGGGGAAUUACCGAGCGUUCAUCGCCGCUUCGGACGCGUUGCUGGUGAUUCGAGACGAAGUGUCCUCCAUUGACAAGCAUCUUGAAUCUCUGAUAGGGGAGAUCCCAAAGUUGACGAGUGGAUGCACUGAGUUUGUUGAAUCGGCGGAAGAGAUUUUGGAGAAGAGGAAGAUGAACCAGACAUUGCUAGCGAAUCACAGUACAUUGCUCGACUUACUUGAAAUUCCGCAGCUUAUGGAUACAUGUGUGAGGAAUGGAAAUUUUGAUGAAGCUCUUGACUUAGAGACGUUUGUUUGCAAGCUUUCAACCAUGCACCCCAAGUUGCCCGUUAUACAAGCUCUGGCUGCAGAAGUCAGGCAGACCACCCAAUCUCUUCUUUCUCAGCUUCUUCAGAAACUUCGCUCAAACAUUCAGUUACCUGAGUGUCUCCGCAUUAUUGGAUAUCUACGUAGAAUAGGGGUAUUUAGUGAGUAUGAAAUGCGUCUGCAGUUCCUGAGAUGUCGGCAAGCAUGGCUUACUGGAAUUCUUGAGGAUUUGGACAAGAGGAACGCUUAUGAGUACCUGAAGGGGAUGAUUAACUUCCAAAGACAGCAUCUAUUUGAUGUUGUCAAUCAAUAUAGAGCAAUAUUUUCUGAUGAUACAUCAGGCAAUGAAGAAAAUCAUGAUGGCGGUCUUCUGUUCAGUUGGUCUAUGCAUCAAAUUACCUCACUCCUUAAGACUCUGAAGAUUAUGCUUCCAAAAAUAACUGAAGGCGGAUCACUGUCGAACAUUUUGGAACAAUCCAUGUAUUGUGCUAUGGGGCUUGGUUGGGUUGGGCUAGAUUUCCGGGGACUGCUACCAUCACUUUUUGAAGAGGCAGUUCUCAACUUGUUUGCAAAAAAUAUGAGUACAGCAGUUGAAAAUUUUCAGUUGGUCUUGGAUUCACAUCGUUGGGUCCCAUUACCAGCAGUUGGUUUUCCAGCAAAUAGUGUUAAUGAUGAAAGUCUGGAUGAUGUAACUCCGCCAUCUUAUCUUAUGGAACAUCCACCUCUUGCUGUUUUUGUUAAUGGUGUCUCUGCAGCGAUGAAUGACCUCCGGCCUUGUGCCCCCAUAAGUUUGAAGCACGUGCUUGCUCAAGAGUUAAUCAAGGGAUUACAGACUGUUGCUGACUCUUUACUGAGGUACAAUACAACUAGAAUACUGAGAGAUAACGAGUCUGGACUUUUUCUCUCACUUUGCCGGGCUUUCAUUGAGAUUACUUACCCUCAUUGUGCAAAUUGCUUUGGCCGCUGCUACCCUGGUGGAGCUGCUUUAGUAAUGGAUGCAAAGAGUUUAUACGAUGGGAUUGGCCGCCUAUUGACAGUCUCUACAUCCAGAGGGCUUCCCAAACCUGUUGGUGAGGAAAACAAAGAUAAACCUGUUGGGGAUGAGAACAAACAUGAAAGUGAAAAGAGCAUAACUGAGAAUGGUGACAUGCCCGUGGUUGAAAACGGGGUCACACCUGUUGUUGAACAAACUAAUGAGACCAGUGCAGACGAAAGGGAAGAGAACGUUGAGAAAACAGAUGAAAAGGAAACGAAAAGCGCGACUUUACAAACAGAGGAAAGACCAAGCGAUGUGUGAAGCAUCUUUUUAUGCAAUAGAACACUUUGUAGCAUCCCUGUUUAAUUGUGUAGGUGAGAGCAAUUCACAUUUCCUUUUUAAUUUCCAACCGGGUCUGAUUUUUUUUCCGCUUGUAAUUAUUUGUUUGAAAGAUUGUAUCCAAAUUUUCAGCUACAGAGUAGAGAAAAAAAGAAACAAUUGGAUUGUAGAAAAAACGGCAGCAGUUAAUAAUACUUAUAUACUGAUUUUGUGCAA